AUGAGCGAGGUAUUUGAUGGGUACGAGCGUCAGUAUACUGAGUUAUCCGCGGAUCUUUCGCGGCAGCGCGCUGCAGCUUCUGGUCUUGAUGGAGAACAGAAGAAGCAGAAACUUUCUGAAAUAAAAGCUGUAUUGGAGGAUGCUGAUACGUUGAUUCGGAAAAUGGACCUUGAGGCUAGGAGCUUGCAGCCAAGUAUGAAGGCCACCCUUCUUGCCAAAUUAAGGGAAUAUAAAACUGAUUUGAACAAUUUGAAAAAUGAAGUUAAAAGAAUCACAUCAGCUAAUGUCAGUACGACUUCUCGGGAUGCGUUGUUGGAGUUAGGAAGGGUUGAUUCACUUGCGGUAUCAAAUGAUGAAAAAGGAAGACUUUUAAUGACUACUGAGAGAUUAAAUCAAUCCACUGAUAGAAUAACAAACAGCAGAAAAACGUUGCUGGAGACAGAGGAGCUCGGUGUCUCUAUCCUCCAAGAUUUGCAUCAACAACGUCAAUCUCUACUCCAUGCCCAUUCAUCACUCCAUGGAGUGGAUGAUAACAUUAGCAAGAGCAAGAAGAUUUUGGCAGCCAUGUCAAAAAGGAUGAGCAGGAACAAAUGGAUUGUUGGCUCCUUGAUGGCAGCUCUGGUCCUUGCAAUCAUAUUAAUUAUAUAUUUUAAGCUGACACAUUAG